AUUUAUUAAAAAAGUAUAAUAUAUGUUUGAGCCAAAUAUACAGUAUCACUGUUGACAAUGGUGCCAAUAUGAUAAAAACCGUGGAAAUGAUAGCUGAAGAACAGCUAAUUACUCAUAUCGAUCUUUCUGAAGAUGCAUUCUCAGAAUAUUUGUUACAAAAUAGCGAUAAUGAGUCCUCGCAGGAAUAUAACGACUCUUCUCAACCAAAUAACGAUUAUAAUAAUAUAGAGAUCACCCAGGAAAAUAACAGUGAUAUUUCAAAUAUACAUGAUAAUGAUUCCUCUGGGGAGUAUAUAAUAAAUAAUCUAAAUCAAGAUGAUAACAUACAUUUUCAACAUGAUAAUCAAGAACAAAUAAAUGAUGAUAUGGAAAAUUUAUUAAAUGAUCUAAGAAAAUCAUUUGGGCUGAUUUGUGUGCGAUGUUGUGCCCAUACUAUUCAAUUAGGAGUUAAUGAUUAUAUAAAAAAAUUUCUAAAGGAGGAUUUAGAAGAUAUAAGAUCUAUUCUAAAAAUAUGCAAAUCACAAAAAUAUAAAAGUUUAUAUUCAUUAGAAAAAAUUAACAAACCAGUGCUGGACACUGUUACUAGGUGGAAUAGCACCUAUAGAAUGCUAAAAAACCUAAAGGAUAAUAAAAUAUUUUACUUAAAAAUGGGCCAUAUAUAUUUAGAAACUUUUAUAAAUUCAAGACUCUGGGAUAGGAUUGACGCAUAUCUCACCGUCUUAUCUCCUGUUAAUUUAUGUACCAUUAAACUGCAAGAAAAAUCUUGUACAAUCGGAGAUUUUUUUAAAUUAUGGCUUGAAUGCAAAUUAGAUUUAGAGGAAAUAAAUAAUGAAUCCUCGAAUAAUUUGAUUAAUUGUCUGGAUUAUCGUCAAAAAUAUAUUUUUGAUAAUAAUGUUUUUAGAAGUGGGAUCUACAUGGAUCCCAGAUUUAAUUAUCAGAAUGGAAUCUAUCCAUCCGAAAGUGAUAAAUUGCUGGCCAGGGAACAUCUGAUGUCUACGUGGAGACAAAUACAAAUUUUUAAUAAGCCAAAAGAUAAUCCAGCUCUGAGUGGCUCUCCUUUUAUCCCUGUAAGUUGUAAAAAAACCAGAUUAGAUGUAUAUUUGGAGCGAGAAAGCGCUAAUGCUCCAAUAUACCAAAAUAUUGAAAUCCUUGAUAUGAAGACCAAAAUUAAUGCUUUAAUAUAUGGUCAAAAAUUGCCAUCUGAUCAAAAUAUUUUGCAAUAUUGGCAAUUAUGCCCUAUCGCGAGUAGUUCUAGCCGCUCCUUGCUCUCAAGUAUCUGUUGAGAGAUCAUUCAGUGCUCUGGGAUUGGUCCUUACACCGCUACGAACAAGAUUAGAGAAAUCUAUAUUAAAUGAUAUUUUAUUAAUUAAACUUAAUAAAAGUGUAUUAAAUAACGUUAUAUUUUGAUUUUUAUUAUAUUUAUAUAAAAUUUUUAUUUGUAUAUAUUAUAUCAUGUAUUAUUUAAUUAUAUAUAAUCAUUUUACUAAUUAAAAUACGAAUAAUUGAAAUACAAAAUAAAAUUG